AUGCCGCCCGAGGGGGCGAGGAAGAACCCCAACGCCAAGGGCGACGCGAACCUGACGCAAAAGUCACCGGCGGAGUUUUUUCAGGACAAUAAAGGCAUCGCUGGGUUCGAAAACGCUGGGAAAUCGCUGUACACCACGCUCCGUGAGUUCGUGGAGAACGCGCUGGACGCGGCGGAGGCGAUCGGGACUUUGCCGGAGAUUGACAUCGCGAUCGAGGAGGUGAGCGUGUCGCAGUACGAGAAUCUCAUCGGUCUGCGCGCGCACGUGCGGUUGGACGACGAGCUGUACGCGGACUUCGAAAGCGAUAAGGCGAAGGAGAAGAGAUUGGCGCAGGAGGCGAAGAAGGCGGCAAAGGCGACGACGUCGGGAAAGGGUGGACGUGGAGGUGGGAAGCGAGAGCAGACGAAAUGUUUUUACAAGAUAACCGUCAAGGAUAACGGCAAAGGCAUGCAGCACGAGGACAUUCCAAACAUGUUGGGGCGCGUUUUGAGCGGCACGAAAUAUGGCUUGAGACAGACUCGGGGUAAGUUCGGUUUAGGUUCGAAAAUGGCGCUCAUUUGGUCCAAGCAAACGACGGGUUUGCCGAUUCACAUUCGAAGCGCCUUGCCGAACCAAGCCUUCAUCUCCGAAUACUUGCUGGACAUUGACAUUGAGAAGAAUGAACCGAAUGUUCACAAGGAGAACAAACUGUCGAACGACGAGAAGUGGCACGGUGCCGAGCUUUCGGUCACCAUCGAGGGUAACUGGACGACGUAUAGGCAGUAUGUGUUGUCUUACAUGCGACAGCUCGCCAUUGUGACUCCGUACGCGCAGUUUCGUUUCCGUUACACGACCUCAUCGGCGACGACGUCGACCGCGAAGGACAUCGAUAUCGUGUUCAGAAGACGAACUGACAUCAUGCCGGCGCUUCCGACGGCGACGAAGCACCAUCCGUCGGCAGCGAAAGAAAAUAUGCUUCUCAUCAAGGAUCUCCUCUCUCAGACGCGCGAGAAAAAUUUGGUGAAUUUUCUUCACAAGGAGUUCACUUCCAUCCCCAAGGAUCUGUCCGUGCGCCUGAUUGAAGAGUUGGGGUACGGUUUCGACGCAGACAUGCACCCAACGGAGGUUUCAGAUAAGCAAGCGACCAGAAUGCAACAGCUCCUUGCACAGGCACGAUUCGACGACCCGGACGGAGCGUGCUUGUCUCCGGCAGGCGAGUACAACUUGCGAUUGGGCAUCAUGAAGGAACUCGGACCGGAAUGGAUCGCAUCGUUUUGCGCUCCAUCUCUCGCGUGUGGAGGUCAUCCGCUCGUCGUCGAAGCCUGCGUAUCGCUCGGUGGUCGAGACGUCAAGCCUGGAUUCAACGUGUUUCGAUUCGCGAACAGAAUCCCGCUGCUCUUCGAGGGCGGAAAUGACGUGGUGACGCGAUGCGUACAGCGCCUCAACUGGGGAACAUACAAAAUAGAUAAAAAUAACGACAAAAUUGGGGUCUUUGUGUCCAUCGUUUCGACGAAGAUCCCAUUCAAGGGAACGUCGAAGGAGUACAUAGGAGACGAAAACAUAGAAAUCGCCGAAGCUGUGGACAAGGCCAUCAAGCAGUGCGCCGCGCAGCUUCGCGGGAAGAUCGUGCGCGCUCAGGUACAGCGAGAUCGAAACGCUCGUAAGAAGCAGCUCACGAAGUACAUUCCCGACGUCGCUCGCGCGCUGUUCGCGAUGCUGGCUGCCUCAGCGGAUGCCGACCAGCCUCCGUCAAAGCGCGCGCGAAUCUCGGGCGCGCUCUGGCCCGUCGACGAGAAAUGGGAGGCUGAUGUCAUCGAUCAAGCGAGAGAUGGUAAGGUUACGGAAGAAGUCAUCAAAGCGAAGCUCGAAGAACACGUACAGCGCAGCGACCACGAGCAAGCUCUGGAGUUUGCGAUGCAACAGAGCAAAGAGGGUCUGAACGAGCUCAUGUACUUGGCACCCAAGACGCCCGAGCUCGAGUACGUUCCCGAGAUACGAAGCGAAACGUGCGCGUUCCGCUUCUUAAAGUCGGCCGAGAUGCGAUGA